CGAGACCACAAAAUUUGUUUACUUAAUUUCCCGCGAGAAUUUCAGAAUUUUACGUUUUUUGCGAAAUCCACAGCUUCUUUCUAGUCACAGAAAACGAUGUCGUCUCCGGCUGAUCAUGGCUCGUGCCAUGCAAACAAUAAUCCUCCUCUAUAUCACAGUACGGAACGUAUGGUGCCGUUAGGUUUCAGCACACCGCAACCGAACCGAGCCGAAACCCGGAAUUAUUAUUCCGUUCAACCGAAACAUAUGUUGCCGCGGCCCCGAGGAGGAGCAGGAGGAUACCAGAACCGUAACCGUUUUGGACACACCCAGCAGCAAAGCCAAGACAGGUCCAGCUUUUCACCGAUGGAUCAUGCAAGUGACCAACAGCCUCGUCAAAAUUACGGUCGAAACUGGAGAGGACAACACCAAAAUAGACAUCAGAACUUUAGCGGUCAGCGACGGCAUCAAAACCAUCAUCAACAGCAUCAAAAAACGACGAUCUACAGGGUUGAGGACUACUUUCAUCCCUCAAUGCUGGAGGACCCAUGGGAAUAUCUAUCUCGGAAAGGUCAUAAGAAUGACAAAGAUAUGGCAGAAGUAGAUUCUAAUCUCGAUUGAUUGAAGAAGAACGAACUAUACAUACCAUCCUCCAAUAGCACAACUGCACAUUAUUUCUGGAAUGGUUCAUUGGAAUCUAUGCUACGAGUUGUGCGUUUUUCAUCCAUCAUUCAGAGGGUACAGUGGUUUUUAAUGUUAGUGUAAUAUGCGUUUUUUAAAUACAAUUCAUAUAUCUACAACUUCCUAAACCCUAUCGCAAGGCGACAACCCAGACAAAUUCGCUCUACCUACGGACCCAUUUAUG